AUGGGGGAAGGCGCCUCCUCAUCUGGAGAGCCACGUUCCUCCUCACGAGGCGGCCCUCCCCCCACGUUCACCCCUGGAGGGACGGGUUGUAGGGCCUUCGUGGCGAGUCUCCGGAAUGUCCGGUGGCUCCCGAAGUUUCGCCCCAACCUCACGGAGAAGUAUGAUGGCAGCAUCAAUCCUUCCGAGUUCCUCCAGAUCUACAUCACGAUUAUCGUGGCAGCAGGGGGUGACAACCGCGUCAUGGCAAAUUACUUCCCCAUGGCCCUCAAGGGUCAGGCGCGUGGCUGGUUGAUGACCCAGCCCCCCGUCUCCAUCCACUCCUGGGAGGAUCUGUGCCAGCAGUUCGUUACGAACUUUCAGGGCACAUAUCCCCGCCCAGGAGAAGAGGCGGACCUGCACGCUGUACGGCGGAAGGACGACGAGUCCCUCCGCUCGUACAUACAGCGCUUUUGUCAGGCCCGCAACACUAUUCCAUGCAUUCCGGCCCACGCGGUCGUGUAUGCGUUUCGGAAUGGCGUGCGGCAUAACCGCAUGUUAGAGAAGAUCGCCUCCAAGGAGCCCAAGACCACCGCCGAGCUUUUUGAGCUGGCGGACAAGGUGGCUCGGAAGGAGGAGGCUGGGCCUGGAACUCUCCCGGCACCGGUGCGGCGGCCACAGCUGCCCCCGAGUCUGCCCCCCGCUCUAAGCGGCGAGAUAGGAGGCAAAAGAAAGCCGGCCCGCUCUGAUGACGAGGGCCAUGUCCUUGCGGCAGAUGGGCCCGCACGGGCCCCGCGCAAGGGAAAGGCCACCGAUGACAAGCCGAGCUCCACUGCUCCACCCAGCGAGGGCCGGUCGGCAGACAAGUGGUGCUCGGUGCACAACACUUAUCGGCACAGUCUCACCGACUGCCGCUCGGUCAAGAAUUUGGCCGAGCGAUUCCAAAAGGCCGAUGAGGAGAAGCGAUACCUCAGGGAACCAUCGCCACGCUCGACCGGGGGGGGGGGGGCGUGCGCUCACACCUCUCGCCGGAGCUUCAAGGCCAUGAGGCAAGAGCUUUUGGCUGCUGUUCCCACGCACGAGGUGGCUCGGAAGGCGCGCUGGUCGGAGGUGAAGCUCACCUUUGACCAGAGCGACCAUCCGACAGUGCUCGCUCGAGGAGGGAAGUUGGCCCUUGUGGCCUCCCCGACCAUUCACAACGUCAGGAUGAAGCGUGUCCUGGUUGAUGGGGGAGCCAGCCUGAGCAUCAUUUCCCCAGCCGCCUUCAACGUGCUCAAGGCCCCAGGGAUGAAGCUCCAGCCGUCGCUGCCGAUCAUCGGCGUGACUCCGGGACAUACGUGGCCUCUUGGCCACGUCGAGCUCCCGGUGACCUUCAGCGACUCCACCAACUUCCGCACCGAGUGA